AAUGGGUGAAAACGUGGAAAAUACACCCGGGCGGCAGGCAAUUGCCGUGAUGAAAGACAUCCAGAAGGAAAUUAUUUUCAAAAAACCGGUGGGAACGCCUCGGAAACGAGUCAAAGAGAAGGUUUUAGAUGAAGACACUUAUGUGGAGCACAUUGGUAAGAUUAUCCAACGCGACUUUUUCCCCGAUCUUGAAAAACUCAAAGCCCAGAACGAAUAUUUGGAAGCCGUCGAGAGAAACGAUGUGACCAAAAUGAGGCAACUUUAUAUGAAAUAUAGCGGGAAUAAACCGCCAACACAGAGGAUACCAAGCCCUGCGACUUUUGAGACACCUGUCCACAAUUCGUUUGAGACUGAAGCCCCGCCAAAGCCACCCCCUGAGAAAAGCGAACCGAAAUUGAGUUUGGAUCAGUUUUUGAAUUCGCACACGUCUGAGGACAAUCGAAGUUUUAGUGAGAUUUUGGCCGAAUCUGAGAAAAAGCACCAGGAGAAGUAUUCGUUUUUAUACAAGGAGGAGGGUAACAGUGAGAAGGAGCGACAGGAACAGUUGGUUUUGCCCUCAAUUGUGAAACAGGGGGAAUUACCGGAGAAAAAACUAAACGUGGACACUUGGAGCUACAAAAAUAAAAACUACAUAAUGUACAUUCCUGAUGGGGUUCCCCUGACACAAGAAGAAGAAAUGGAAUUGAACAAAAACCGGCAAGAAGUCGUCCACUGUAACACCCGCCUCACCAUCAACCCUUUCAACGAAAUCCAAAGCAAGGAGGCUAUCACCGAACUGGUCAAAAACCAGGCGAAAAUCCACGACGGUAAAAUCGGCGUUGACGGCAAAGAACUGAUGAAAGACAGCCCCCAGAUCAGGGGCUUCUCCUUCGUGAAGACCCCCUCGCCCCACCCGAACCUCACCGACACCCCCUUGAUGACGUGGGGCGAAAUCGAGGGAACCCCCUUUCGACUGAACGGCAGCGAUACGCCCCUGCCCCAUUCGCAAGGCCCCUCGUUUAAAAUGUCGGAGCAACUGAAAUCUGGACAGUGUCGUUAAGGAAAAAAUAUUAGAUUAUUUAUUACUGAUAUUAAGUGUUAUGUGCUCAACAAAAAUUUUGUUGGCCUACCUACAUGCCCACCCAAAAAUUAGGAGCUAGUUUCGCCACUAACUUAAGUAUAGCAAAAGCUGAUAAAAACUUCCUUAAAAUCACUCAACUAAUUCAAAAACACAGUGAAAAACAUAGCUUUCCAUUAAAAAAAAGGAAAAAAAGAAAAAGUUUUUUUAAAGCUUUUAUUUAAAAUACGCACUAAACAAAUAAUGUUUUUCUGUCAGACAAGAAUAUUUUUGCUUACAAAUUAGGAUUUUAAAAUUUAUUAAAGUGCUCAAAUUAAGAAAGUAAUUCUGUAAUGCCGUAUUGUUAUGACUUAUGACCGUUCUCAAAACUUUUUUAAAUUUUAUAUUCCCAACUUGUUGGCAAAAAUAUUCUCAUCUGGUAGAAAAACAUUAUUUUUUACUGGUUAGUGCAUCUUUUAAAUAAAAGUUUUUUCCUAAAAAACAUUUUUUUCAUUUUUUGUAUUUAGUUUACUUAUUUUAAACAUCUUUUUCUAUGAGAUUUAGUUUCGCCGUAUUAUUGUAACACCAUUAUUUUGCUGUUUUGUGCAAAUUUGUUUAGUGGUAUGUGAAAGAAAACAGCUGUUAUCAUUAAAAGAACAUCCUAACCUCUGUUCUGUGGCUAUACUCUAUGGUCCAAGAUAAAUGAAUUUAAAAAAAUAGCGACAUUUGUUUGUAACGAAAAUUAUUAGGUAAUAAUAUAUUUUCCAAUAACCAACAUACCGUUAAUGUUGGUAUAAGUUAGGGUAUGUACACAUCAAAGUUUGUAAAUAUAACCUAAAACUUCAAAA